AUGGUCACGGAGGCCAACGCGACGAUGAAUAGACUGCACGACGCGGUCAUCGAAAAGCGGCGUAGGCAGCACUGGAAGGACGGCGAGAGGCAGGAGGAGCUCGAAGACUUCCUCGACAUUCUCAUCUCGCUCAAAGACGGCGAUGGCAACCCGUUGCUCAGCAUCCAGGAAAUUAAAGCGCUGUGCAUGGACGUGACAUUAGCGGCGAUAGACAACCCGUCCAACGCCGUGGAGUGGGCAUUGGGGGAGAUGGUGAAUAGCCCAGAUUUGCUAGACAAGGCUAUGGAAGAGAUAAACUGGGUGGUUGGUCAGGAGAGACUGGUGCAAGAGUCAGACUUCCCACAACUCAACUACGUCAAGGCGUGUAUACGAGAAGCAUUUCGGUUGCACCCUGUCGCGCCCUUCAAUGUACCACACGUCGCGGUCGCCGAUGCCAUUGUCUUCGGCUACCACGUGCCAAAGGGCAGCCACAUUCUUCUAAGCCGGGUUGGCUUAGGACGGAACUCGUCUGUUUGGGAUGAGCCGCUUGACUUCAAGCCAGAGCGCCAUAUGGGAGACAAUAUUGAUGUGGUGCUCACAGAGAGCGAGUUGCAAUUUAUCUCCUUUAGCACUGGUCGUCGCGGCUGCAUUGCGGCGUCUCUAGGGACGGCCAUGACUGUCAUGCUGUUUAGCAGGCUCUUGCAAGGCUUCACAUGGACCAAGCCAGCAGGAGUGGAGGUCCUCCAUCUCGUAGAGUCCAAGCAAGACCUCUUGAUGGCAAAGCCACUGGUGCUACAUGCAGAACCACGCCUACCGAUGCACCUCUACCGCAUGGUUAAGUAA